AUGUCUUGGACAUUUUCUAUAGGACCAAUGCAUCUUGUCUUCGCAGCCAUUUUUGCUGUUGCAAUCUGUUUCCCGGGUUUUGCUGAUGGCAUGUCAGCAGAAACAGUCAUAGACUCUCCUUUGUUAACAGAGAAGAUUGGAACCAAUAUAACAAUCAAGGUUGAUCUCAAUGGUGAUGGAGACUUCACAUCUGUUCAAGAAGCCAUUAAUUCUGUUCCAAAGGGGAACUCUAGAUGGGUUGUUAUCCAUCUUAGGAAAGGGGUUUACCAAGAAAAGGUGCACAUACCAAAAGAUAAACCUUAUAUCUUCAUGAGAGGUAAUGGAAGAGGAAGGACGGCUAUCGUCUGGUCCCUAAGUUCUCAUGACAACAAGGCAUCCGCCACAUUUACAGUUGAAGCCAAGCACUUCAUUGCCUUUGGCAUUAGCUUCAAGAAUGAAGCACCUACUGGUAUUGCUUAUACCUCUCAGAAUCAGUCGGUGGCAGCUUUUGUGGGUGCAGAUAUGGUUUCAUUUUACCAUUGUGCUUUUUUUAGUACCCAUAAUACUCUCUUUGAUUAUAAAGGGAGACAUUACUAUGACAACUGCUACAUCCAGGGGUCAAUUGAUUUCAUUUUUGGCCGUGCAAGAUCUAUUUUUCAUAAUUGUGAGAUCUUUGUGCUGCAAGACAAGAGGGUUCAGAUUCACGGUUCCAUUACAGCUCAAAACAGGGAAAGUCCACAUGAUAACAGCGGUUUUGUGUUUAUAAAAGGAAAGGUUUAUGGCAUUGGAGGUGUAUACUUGGGAAGGGCUAAAGGGGCCUAUUCAACUGUGAUAUUUGCAAAGACAUACUUGUCUAGGACAAUUGUACCCCAUGGCUGGACAGAUUGGAGCUACAACGGCGGCCCAGAUAAUCUAUUCCAUGCGGAGUACAAUUGCUAUGGACCAGGAUCUGAAACAGGUGGACGAGUUCCUUGGGCAAAACAACUGACAGAAAAGGAAGCUGCAUAUUGGACUUCGAUUGAUUUUAUAAAUGGCAAGGAUUGGUUGCCUGUAUGGCUAUGA